GCAGAGUGUGAUAUCGCACGGACGCGAAAUAAUGCAAAGUGGUCCGCACCAGUAGCAGCGGAGGAUCCCAUUUCGGUGGAAUGCGUCCUGGAUUGCUUGAUUUCGUGUGGAAGUGAACGGAAGUGAAGUGUUGUUUUGCGGUGUGAUUACCAGGAAGACGGUACUCCGGCUCACGCUGAGUCACCUGCGCCGGAUUACUGCAUCGUUCGGUGGCCGGCAGGACCGUGUGCUGGGCGGGAAUUUAAUUGGAAAAAUCAAUGUGUCAUCAUUAAGUCGCGCGAAGGAAUGUGCCUCUCCAAUUUCCAUCCGAUUUUGCACUGUGCGCGAAGGUGAAUCGCACUGUUUGUGCACCGCGAAUGGGUAGUGACCGGCCUACUUUGAAUGCGGGAAUCGGUUUCCCUAGCGACAGGAAGAGAGUAGUGUGCGACAACGUGUGCAACGUUGUGCUGCGGAAAGCAGCAAAUCAAGCGUGUUUGUAAAAAAGGCUAAAGAAAUUGUGAAGUAACUCGCCCAAAAGGCUGCCCAAUUUGACAGCUAUUAGCGAAUUUUGGCGCACGGUCACGUUUAGUGUAUUGUUUUUCUUUUUCCCCGGUUAACUGUGCUACUUUUUUACGAUUGUCUGUGUGUGUGUGUGUAUGUUUACGUUAAUGUGGUGCGUUUGUUUCCCCCGUUUUUCACCGUGGUCUUUAUUGCAACCAGCUAUUAUGUUUAUGCACGGUGGGUGCUGUUGAUCGUAAGCCCACUUUUAUGACAUAACGAAUUGCCAAUUCGGCCCAAUAGAAUCGAUUCGAGGGGAAGAAAGUAAAGAAUAAAAAAAAGUUGGUUCGAGCAGAGAUUGAAUCGAAAUCGGAACCCCGAAAAGGAAGCCAUCCAUCCCGAAAGUCGCCGGACGCGUUACCUGCGAGAUAACGUUACUUUACUUCUUCUUGGGGUUGGCGAUAGACCGUGCUACCUGUUGCUGUUCUCUGUGGCCUGGUAAAAUCCCAGCGUAAAACCCAUUCUUCCACCGGUCAACCCGGAUCAACACGAGCGAACGAAGCCGAACCGAGGCUUUGCGACACAGAACCGUAUUCUGCUGAAAGGUCUCACAAAGGGCGAAAAAUAAGACAAGAUGUCACGUUCCAACUUUGCCCGCUCACAGAGCAAAGUUUGGUUUGGCAAUGAACCGGACUGUGGACAGUACGGGGGAUUCCGGCCCUAUGGCUAUCAGCUGCACAGUGGACCAAUGUCACGACCAUCGUACCCUGCGUUCGACGACCUUGAAGAGGAGGACGAGCUGAUCGAGGAGCAGGCAACGAAUGCGAAAAGCGCCACCGGUGCCACCAGCUGGGCUGAAACCAACCGCCAGGGAAGCCCUGCCAGUCACAAAAGUCAAGACUCGGGGUUUUCGGACACGGAAACGUCCCUUAAUGCGGGCCGUGGAAGCCUGGCGAAACGGGGCAACAUAAACGAUAGCCAGUCGUCUUCCGCCGAUAAGCUUACACCAAAGAGAAGCGUCAAUGAGGAACUGUUCGCACGGUCACCUUCACUCAACAGUAGCGCCCCAACACCACCGACAGUCAUCCGGCGGCCCGCACCGUUGCCGGCAUGCGAGGUCGACGGAACGGCUGCGGCAGGAAGGCGUUUAUCUUACGGUGAACCAACCGAACCGCAUGGAUCGGAAAGUCCUCGCAGUGUGUCACUGAAGCGGGGUCGUGUUAUAACGAAAAACAGCCGUGUGAAGCGCAAUCUCAGUGAGCAGUUGAGUAAUUCCAGCGAGGAGAUGAUCUCAUUGGACAGCAGCGAGCUGUCGAAUAUCCUUAAUCGAACGAUACACGACAAAGGUGCGGAUGCGGCAUCCGAUUCGGAUGCCAACAAUAACACCGUGAAGGGCGAGCCUGUGGAGCUGCCAACGUACUCGGAACUCUAUCCGACCCGCGGCACUUCGACACCCAUUCGUGGGCAGGCGAAGCUGUACCGAUCGUUACCACUGUCGCCGGGCCAGCGGGCACCACCGGUACGACCGAUCGCGGCACCUUCGGGGACGGAUAAUUUCUACGACGAACCGAGCAACAACACCUCCAGCACGGUGAGUGAUCACGCGCUGUACUACACGAUCUACGACAAUCCGCUGCUGAACGGACAUCAGCCGGCGGUCCAGGGUUGGCUCGAUGGAUUGCGGUUCUCGUGCCAAAGUGAGGUGAUGUCGAUACUGCAGACCAAAUCCAUCGCGACCGAGGCGGGACGGUCACUGAAGCUAACCUCCACCGUGGCGGUGAAGAUACUGCGCCAUCUGCAGGGUAAAGUGGCAACGCUGCAGGGUACGUUCGAGCGCGUGGAGCAACUGUUUGCCGCUGUCAGACGCUACCAAACGCAGCAAGAUGGCGAAUGUGAAGAGGACGAAGAGGACGAGAAGGAGAUCUACCAGAAGGUGGCUCCGUUCGUGCAUGGGCUCGCGACCGAUAUCGAUGCGUUCUUGCGCAAACAGCAAGGUACGGAUUACUUCGGCCGCGAGUCUUCCGAACGCGAGGAUCGCAAGAAGUUUGCGGAGAAUGCCCGAGCGCUAGCGGACAUGUUGGGCGAUUUGCGAGCAGCUACCUCCAGUACCGAUACGUUCGACUACCGGUCCGUGGAGGAGGAGAUACAGAUCGUGAAACGAUACUUCCUCAUCACGGUGCGGCUGAUCUUCAAACACCUGGUGCGCGUGAUCGUGGACGCUGUGGAGGGCGCCCGGUGUGAACUGAUCCUGCGCUCCAAUCUCAGCUACGUCGCCAGUCUUUCCAAUCUGGACUACGGUGGGUUGGCCUCACUGAACGAUGCGUUCAUUGCGAACGGUACUGUCCGUGUGCUGCUGCUGGUGUGCGUCGAAUCGAAGCUGUCGUCCGUACGGGCCCUUGCCCUUCGGGCACUGGCGACCGUUUGCUCCACGACGGAAACCAUACGCCAGCUCGAACGCGCCGACGGUCUGGAGGUGCUGCGGGACAUCCUAGCGGCGGGUGAUACGGACCGGACCGAACCGGAGCUCCGGGAGGCAGUGUCGGUGUUGACGCAGAUUAGCGCACCUUGGCACGGUGAAGAGCAUCGGCUCGACGGACUGAAGCAGUACGUCCAUGCCAUCGUCGAAGCAAUUACCGAGAUCAUCGAGAAGACAAACUGCUGCCAAACGUUGCUGCUCUGCUCGGCCAGCCUGAACAACAUGACGCGCAUCGAACCGACGGCCGUGUACUCGGUGAUGUCACAGGAUGCGGUCGAUAAGCUGAGAAUAGCCACCGAACAGCGUGGUCCCGGUGCAUCCAUCUUUCUCUACGAACAAUUCACGGCGACGCUGUACAACAUGUCAGCCAACUGGAAGUGCCAUCAUCAUCUAGCCAACCGGUCCCUGCUCGCCUUCCUCGUGACCGUGCUCAGCCAAAAGUUCCACGAGCGGCUGCCGAGCGGCGUGGAGUCGGAGGCACAGCGCAAGACGAUACGGAACAUUCUUCACGUGCUGUCGCGGUUACUGUCCGGCGGUAGCCUAUCGUCUGGCGCAUCACUCGAGCUGAUCGAGACAACGGUUGGGCCGACGUUGGCACGCAUCGAGCGUACGCUGGAUGGGACCAGUGAGCAUUAUCAGGACAUCUCGCACGUCAGUCGGCGGUGUAACGAAAGCCUUACCACACGGCCACCGCAGCACCGGAAGGAGGGCGGAGGUGUCGGUGCCGACGGUGGACAGAGCACCGUCCCGGUCGGUGCACCACACAUUACCCGGCUUACCAUCCGCCGGGAUCCGGUUAAUGGACCGGUGAUGGUGUUGGACCAAAACCGACAGGAGAGUUACGUCUGAGGCGGAAUUGAAUUAUUACGUCAGAGUCCUUGUGUGUAGAACCGAGCUUAUGGGUGGGGGAUGGGGACAAGGAGGCGGAAGAAGGGACGAAAGAAACCAAGGAAUGCUUGUGCCAUAUAGCGAAUGAAUGUUGUGCCGAAAAACGAAACUGAACGAUUCCUUUCGAAGUGCCUUCGAAGAGGCCAUUAUAGGGGAAGUGUUCUAGUAACACUAAAGGACAUCGCGUGUCAGUAGAUGAAGGUCGCGAAUUCCGUAUAUUUAUCUGUAUGUAUGUAUGUAUAGUUUGUUUGUGUGUGCGUCUGUACCACACGUCGUGAAACCAGAGGAUCUAAUAUAUUCGAAAGGCUCUAUGUUUUGUAAUUUAUCUCCCAAUUCUGUAGCUCGUAAGGAAUCAAACUACCCCAAAAGAGUAUGUGUAAUGUACAUGUACAUAUAUGAGCGAGAGAGAGAGAGAGGACGAACGAAAAAGAAACGAAUAUACG